CGCACGGCAGGUGCUACUUGCUAGUAGCCCGAUCUGAACAUCUCUCUCGCUUUCGCGCUUGCAUAAUGUUUUGAAAACAGCUUUUAAUCACACUCACCCAAACACACAUUUAGGGCUCCGAAUCAUGGAAUCGGAUCUUCCAUUGAUGGAACUGACUGAAGAAGACGAUUCUCUUAUCCAACCGUUUCCAGAUCCCAAGCAAACACCUUCAAAAUCAUCAUUCAAUUACUUUAAUUGCUCGCCUCUCGCACUUCCACCUUCACGCACCAAAAGUCUGAAAGAUGGUGUUCAUACAGAGAAACCUAGCACUUCAUCUUCUGAAGCUAGCAACAAUAAAGAGAAUAUAAACUCAAACAAUUUAGAAAUGCCAAAAUUAGGUAUGGGACCUAUCCAAAUGAAGAGGAGAAAGAAGGGAGCAGAAUGCAAUUUGAGGAAAAGCUUAGCAUGGGAUAGAGCUUUCUUUACUGAUGAAGGCAUUCUCGAUCCUCGUGAAUUAAACAUGAUUACUGGUAUCAAUGCUUACACAUGUGGAAGGGGAUUGCCUACUAUAAGUGAAGAGGGAAAUAGCUCAUUUUCUUCAAGUAGCAGAUAUAGAAAUGAACCCAAUGAUAUUGAGGCCUCUAAAGAAGCUCUACUUAAAGAGUUACAUAACAAGAGUCACACAUCAAAGGGAAACAGAGUGGGAAAUCAUGAUUCUUUACCUCAUCAUAAAAUUACACACAAAGUUCUCUUAACUGAUCAUUCAAAUUCAAAUAGAACAAGGUCCAAGAUUGGUGUGUGUUCAGCCCCUUCACCUGUAUCAUCUUUGAAAAGGCCAAAUUCAAACAUUUUGAGAACAACAAAAAAGGAAUCCAAGCUUCCUAAACUACCCAUGUCAAAACUCGGAUCUUGCUCUUCUACAAAGGGUUCUAUAACAACAACAAGCCAAUUGAGGCAUAAUCUGAUUCCUAAACCACCAUUAAAUGCUCAGAAGAAUGUUGGGUUGAAAAGCUCUUUAAAAGACUUUAAAGCAAAAACAGGAUUAGACAACCCCCAUUCUAAAGAGCUAGCUCAAAAGACUGUAAAAUCGACACACUCAUCUUCUAAAGCAACUUCUUCAACCAAAUCACAGUUUGUACAUGUUGACAAAGCUAAUAGUGGGUUAGAAAUGGUUCCAGAUAGAUUGCAUUCAUGUGAAAUUCAAGACGAAUCUACCCCUCUUCCAGCUAAAAGUCUAGCUCAAUAUACUCCAACAACUUCAAACAACUCAUUGCCUUCAGGACUAAGAUUGCCUUCACCUUCACUCCGAUUCUUUGAUCAGACAACAGCUACACCAAAAACACCGAGUGGACAAUGUUCUGUAUUAAAUUCUCAUACUACCCCUUGUGGUAGUCCAUCAUCCAAUUACAUGGUGAACAAAGGGAUUUUAAAUUCAAAUGUAUAUCAAGAUAUAGUGAGGAAAAUGCAAUACGAGUGUAUUAGUGCUUCUGAUGUUGACUCACAUAAGGUCAUUGAGCUAGAGAAAAGAAUCCUUGAACACAAGGGCAAAAUGGGAAUUGAGAAAAUUACAUUGAAGGGUAAUGAGGAGAACAGAGAAGGCAAGAAUGCCAACAUUCAAUCGUCUGAAAAUGAUGAAAGACUUCCUUUUAUUCUUGAAACAAAAGAUGAUCAUAUCUCCACUUCAGUGUCUACAUCUGAACAAUCCAUUCAGCAUCAAGAACAAAAUCUUUUGACUAUGGUUGAAGUGGGCCCAUGUGAAAUUGCAACUGAGAUUAAUGAUCAUCUUUUGCUAGAAGAAAGUGGCUCAACUUAUUCAAGUACUUAUCCACAUAUAAUUGAAGAUGAAUUUAAAAACAAUGAUGAAAAUCAGAAGCAUCAAGAAAUGGGGAUAAUUAUUGAGAACAUGCUAACAACUACACAUAGGGUAGAAGCUGAGGUGUCAAAGAUAAGCUCUGGGGAAGAAUUUGAAGCUAAAGUGAAAGUGCUUCAAGAAACAAAGAGUCCAACAAUGUUAAAGAAAAGGUCAUAUAACAUCAAGAGGCAAGAUAACUCUUCUAUCAAGCAUCCAAUAAAUGCUAUUGAAGAUGGUGAUGAGGAUCUUGUUCAAACAUCAAAAAGGGAACAAUCUGAUACCAAAAAAUCUAAUUCUUGUAAGGUUAAUCAUGUGGAGUCCCCGAGGGGCGAAAUUGGAAAAAAAGAAGAUGACGUUGGAGCCACAACUCCUUGCAUCUCUGCUUUGAUGAAUUCUCAGUUCCAUGAAGGGCAUUCUGGUAAUUUCGUCAUGCCUGAAGAAAGCUCAGGUUUACACACAACUGAGGUUAAUGAUCAUAUUUCUCAAGAAAAAAAUGCAAAUCCAAAAGAAAAUAACAAAGAAGCAACAGUGUUGAUGAAGAAGUCAAAUAACAUCAAGAAGCAAGAUAAGUCUUUGGUCAUACAUCAAGAGGAUCUUGCUCAAACAUUAAAAAGGGAACAAUCUGAUACCAAAAAACCUAAUGCUUGUAAGGUUAAUCCUGUGGAGUCCCAGAGGGGCGAAAUUGGAAAAAUAGAAGAUGAUAUUGGAGCCACAACUUCUUGCAUUUCUGCAUUACUGAAUACUGAAGGGCAUUCUGGUAAAGUCAUUAUGCCUGCAGAAAGCUCAAGUCUACAAGAGGGACCUUUUGAAAUUGCAACUGAGGUUAAUGAUCAUAUUUUUCAAGAAAAAAAUGUGAAUCUGAAUGUUCUUCAAGAAGAAAAUAACAAGGAAGCAACAGUGUUGAUGAAGAAGUCAAAUAACAUCAAGAGGCAAGAUAAUAAGUCUUUAGUUGUAGAUGCUGUACCCUUCUCUGAUGAAUGGUUAGCAGCUAUUGAAGCUGCUGGAGAGGAAAUCCUUACCAUGAAGUGUGGGGCUGUACAGCAUUCGCCUCCAGACAAAUCUAUUCCCGAACGAAAUCCAUGGUCUCCGGUGAAAAAUAAAGCUAAUCAGAUUGGGCCUUACGACUGCACAAAGUACACAAAUGCAAUGCCCUCAAAUCCUCAUUUAUUAGAUUCAUAGUUUGUUUCGAGUUUGAUGCAUUUUUUUUUUAAAAAAAAAAAUUUUAAUAUAUCUUUCCUUUCCUCGUAGAAAUGCAUCAGUAAAUUACCUUUUACAGAUACAGAAGAAAAAAAUACAACGUAGUUUCACCA